AUGUUGGAUGCUUCCUCCUUUGGUGUGGUGUGCGUCAAAGUACGCACAGCAAAUGACCUUAAGCUGAUCAUGGAUGCGCUCACACCUGAGCUGAUCUUGACCCAGGAUUUGAUCAUCAACGACAAGGUCCUGGAUGAAGGCAAACAGCUGGGGCUCCUGGGCAAGGAGAUGGUCGAGUCACGGCUGCAGCUUGAGCAGCUGAUCUCGGAAGGCUACACACUGGAUGAACGGGGCCGGUAUGAGCCAGUGAUCGACUUGUCCUUCCUGAACAUGUCUUCCAUGAAGGAUAGCUGCAGCCAGAUCCAGAAACAGAUGCGCAAGCAGGAUGAGGACAAGAGAAAGCAGGAGCAAGCCAAGCUUCAAGCUGAGCUUGAUGAAGAGGACACGCGGGAAGACGAACAACUGCUGCAGGAAGCUGGAGAUUUAUCUUACAAGGUUCCCACGCGAGAAUGGGACAACCAGUUUGCGCAGGACGAUGCCCCUAAGAAAGUUGCCGGCAACAGCCCCAACCUCGAGGCCAAGAUCACAGAAAAGCGAAUCACAAGAUACAUGACCGCGGAACCGGACGACAAAGGAGUCGUCAAGGUGUACAUCGAUGAUCCAGAUGUGGCCAAUGCAAGCCAGGAGAGUAUUCACGUGACGUUCAGCAUGAGUACCUACACGGUGCGAAUCACUGCAUCGCCCUCCCUGGUCCUUGGCCCCGUGGACUGCGGGGUCAUCGAUCCAGAGGCUUCCUCCUGGCGGCUGUCGAAGGGCAAGCGCCUGACACUUUCCCUGGUCCUUUCCGAAGCUGGCAAAAUCAACUUCCAGCAGAAGAAGCGCUGGGAGGAGUUCGAGGCAAAAGUCAAAGCUGAGAAGGAGAGGAAGAAGCAGGCUGGUGAGGAUGAGGCAGAGCCUCCUGCUCGGCCCGUGCCAGUGGCGCCUGAUGCACCGGAGGGGCCACCUCCCAUGAUGCCCAUCGACACGCCCACUUCCAAUCGGAAUCUCCUGAUUGCGUGCUUUGUGGCAUUGCUGGCUGUCCUGAUGGGCUUGUGGCUGAGCCGAAGAUGA